CUGACGUACGGAUAUAUUGACGUCAUCGUAAUAAACAAACUGCCGACCUGCAAGAAAACCGUAUUUUUUGAAUAUUCGUUUUAAACAAACAUGUUAGAUUUUCUGUUUCGCUUCAGUGUUUUAAACACUGCAUUUACCGUUAUCGCUACAGAAAUUAAGGAAUUCAUCACCAAGCAUGUCGGAACUCUAGGCGGCAAAUGGUUUCAAGUAUUUUCGGCAUGGGUUCUUUAUUUGUUGGUCGUGGAAAACUGGACAAGCAAGCAUACAUGCGGUAUGCCAUGCAUCGCCUUUCUCGUGGCAACUUCGUAUGUAACCGUGGUUCCCGUUGUUUGCAGCAAAGUACCUAAACUGUCCAUUCUUCAGCUGAAAUUCGUCAUGAAAACCGGAGAGCUGAUACAGCUGCUGUCAUUUGUCGUGCUGUUAUUUUGCCACACAUGGAAACCUGUAAACAGGGUUCUGGUCAUGGGCAUUGACUACAUUCCAUUCGUCGGCACCUAUGGCUGGAUCGUGUACUGGAUCAGCAAUCUACUCACACUGGCUGGUCUGGGUCUGAUCUUCAUGAAAUGUCACAACAACGUGUCCUCGCAGCAGCCAAAGCCUGCACCUAAACCUGCAGUGCGCCAGCGUCCGCCGUCUGCACGAAUUCAGGCACGACAGAAUGCGGAAUAACAUAUAAGACGUGCCUUAAAUUGUCAUCUCCAAUUGAAACAUUUUAAUUUGUGAAGUGUUGAUGAACCAAUGAUUUAACUUAGAGUUUUUUUUAAUAACUAUUUGUUAUGUUUCAUGUAUAUAAAUAUUUUGUAAUGCUGAAUGUUUAUUUUAAAUAUCCGUCUUCAAAUAGCAUCUAAUUUAUUAGACUGUUUGUUUGUUGUUUUUAGUUUGUUUGUUUUGUUAAUUUAAACUAUUUGUGAUUUUUAACGUAUAUUUUCAAUGUGCGUCUUAAAUAAAUAAUAACAUUGUA